AUGAACCCGCUUGAGACCGAGCACGAACCGGACGGGACCCGACUUCAGAACGCUCGACAAGACGACGCAGAGAAUAAGCAGCCCGGCCAGCGUGUGGCCAGAGGCUUCCGCCGCACUUACAAAGCCUGCAACCCUUGCCGCCGCAAGAAGACCCGCUGCGUCGUCGAGAUCCGCGACAGCCCGUCCUGCCUGCGCUGCGACCGGGAGGGUAGGGAGUGCGUCUUCCCACCAGACCGGGCCGCCAGUAGCCAGAAGAAUGCCGCUGCCGACGCCCUCGCGCAAGGACGAGGAGGGCCCGCAUCCGAAGGCACAUCCUUGGCUGGCCAGCCUGGGACACCUCAGCCUCGAUCUCGUGAUGGAUAUCAACACCGUCGGCCGCAAGGUAGUCAAAGACAUGCUCUGCCCAGAAACCCGAGCCCCACGGUCCCACCGCCAUUUGAGCAAUGGGAUCCGAUGGCGACCGAGAACGACAACUCGUUCAACACGCGGUGUUUCGGGCAAGCCGGCGGCGUCUCUCCGGGUCUUGAGCCAGUCGACCUCACCAACUCGAUGAUACGGACAAUCGUCUCCAAUGGCAACGAUGCCCUCAAACUGCUCUUCCGCGCCGCCGCCGAGCAGGAGGCCUCGGGUAGCGGCGCGGCCGCCCCUCGAGUCCCGAGCCACGCCUCAACGUCGACCCUGCCCAGCGAGCCGGGAAACCCUGCCUCGGCACCCCCGCCAUGUCUGUUCUGCAGCUUUGGAACGCCUUCCGAUUUGUCAAGAUGGGCUGGUUCACCGCCGAGGAAGGCGUCAGGGCACUUUAGGCUGACGGCCAAAGAGCCCCUCCUCUGCUGCGUCAUUCUCCUGAUAUCGACACGGUAUCACCACCUCCCGCAGCCCGGAGGCGUUGCCCGCGGUGUCCUCGUCCACAACCGGCUCUGGGAACACUGCCAGCACCUGAUCAUGAGGAUCAUCACGGGGCAGGAGAAGGGCUCGACGGCCAGGACGCGGACACGGGGGUCUGUCGAGGCAUUGCUGCUCCUGGUGGAGUGGCACCCGCGUGCGGUGUACUUCCCCCCGGUCCCCGAUGGCUGGGACUCGUCCCUCCUGCACAGCGCCUUUGAACUAGGCCGUACCGACGACUACGGGACCCGUGAACACAUCAGCGACGAGUCCAGCGGGCCGGCCUGGCAGAGAGACGUCGUUACGCCCGCCCGGACCUCCGAUCGCAUGGCAUGGAUGCUGCUUGGCAACGCGCAGACUCUGGCUCUGGAGCUCGGCAUAUACGAUACGGCAUCGCGGGCCGACGCUGGUGUUGCACAUGCGCGGCAGCCGGGCUUGCACGCCCGGAGCGCUCGAGUGCGCGAGGUGCUCUACAUUCUCAUGGAGCAGCACUCUUUCCGUCUGGGCUGCCCUUCAAUGGUGCCGGAUACCUUGGCCCGCAGCGUCACCGGCUACCCAUCGGCAAACGACGGCGGCGGCGGCGGCGACGACGAUGAAGACUCAAGGGUUGCCCGUGCCUGGAUCGGCCUGACGAUGCUCGUUCGUUCCAUACACGACAUGCUGUUUCCCACAGCAGGCGCUGUUCGUCAUCUUCUCCGGACUGGGCGGUAUGCCAGCAUCACCAGGCAUUUUCAGCAACAGCUCGUCGAGUGGCGUAGGAAACACCUGGACUCGACGGCCAUCAGCCCCAACGCCAUCGAGGAGUUGCACAUUGAAUACCACCACGCGCAGGCGUUCCUGAACUCGCUCGGGGUCCAGGCAAUCGUCGAGAGAGUCAUGGGCAGCGCCUCGGCAAGCCCAACCAUCCGUGCCACCCUCAACUCGACGGUCCAAGGUGUCGAGUACGAUUUCAUCAAGAAGGUCGUCGACGGGUCCGUGCAAGUGCUCAGGGCAACCCAGCGGCUCUUCGUCGCCGGGUUGCUGCGGUACUGUCCCGUACGUAUCUACCUACGCGUCAUUGCCGCCUCGAUAUUCCUGCUCAAGGCCCUCAGUUUGGGAACCCAUGCCGCGGACCUGAGGUCGUCGUUGGGCUGCCUGCACGAGUGUAUCGCCUGCCUCAAGGCGAGUAGUCUCGACGACGGAGACCUUGCGGCGAGGUACGCUGCCUUGCUGGAGGUCUUCCUGGCCAAGUUCGAGCAGGGCAUGGUCCCGACGUCGGCACCGCGCAUCUCGUCGAUGCUUCUUGGGCAGGGAGAGUUGUCCGUCGACGAUUCGGGAGAGGGCCUGGGCGGCGCCGAUGAAGGCUGGGAUGACGUGCCUGAGGAUUGGCUCGCUCUGCCUCUGAGCCACAGCCUGGCACCUUUUCAACUCUGGGGAGAGGCGCCGGAGACGAUGGAGCCAGAGGUAUCUUUCUGGGACGCCAUGUGGAAUCUUCCCCAGGAGGUUAUCAAUUAUUUGUCUGGCAAUACGGGCUUUCGUGACAACGUCGCCUCCCACCUUUUCAACCUGUAUGACUCCCUGAGAUCAAGACGGGGAAAGGAAGAUGAAAGGGCUGAGAACGGCAAGUCAGCCGUGUCUCUUCGAGACUUGCUCAUAACACGGUUGAAGCAGCCGCCCCAGUCGCAAAACUGUAAAAAGUCGAGGACACCAAAGACGAAGCACCACCCCCAAUGCGAACCUAUUCCAGAUCCCCAAAGAAGAGGGGAUUUCAACCCGAUGGAUGAGCAGGACAAGGCUUACGACCGCGAUAUGUUCUUUAUCCAGUGUACAUGCCACUCUUUUUUCAGAUACACAGAAAACAUCCUUGCCCAAAUUGGUAGGUCUCUUCUCAACGCGGUAAUUUGCUUGACAGGUCGCUUCACAAGGAAUACAACUUACUUCCUCGACAACCCUGUUUCCGAGGAAGAUGCUUUGUAG